AUGGACACAAAAAGAACUCUGGUUGAUAAGAUUGACAUAUUUUUCUUACUGAAGCAACAAAGACUUGUUACCAAAAGGGAAUUGGAAAUGGUUCUUCCUAUACAAUCUUACGAAGACUACAGUACAAACUAUUACAGAAGAAGAGUGCCUGAGGUAUUUGACAAAAGCUUAGGAAAGGAAUGGUUUAUAUAUAGAUACUUAGAUAAUUCCUUUUUUGAACAAAGGAGAAAGACCAUUUGUAAUGUUCAUAGCUUCAAGAUAGAAGGCCCAUGCAUAAUAGCAAGGAAUAUACCAGAUAGCAUGCCCGGAUCUGUUAUAUACUCUAUUUUCUCAAAAUGUGUAAAUCUUGAAAGAUUUUGGAUCCAGCAACAAACGUCGCAAAAUGGAUUUUCAAGGCUAUGCUAUAUUAUCUUGCAAAAGGAAGCAAACACGCAAGACUCGAUCAAGUUUAUGAAGUCCAUCCUAGAUAAGGGACUGGGUGUUCAGCUUGAGGAAUUCGACAUCUCCGGAGUGUCAGAGCCAGAAAUAUCGUUCGAAGAUGAUGACUACCAAAUGUCAGCAUCAAUAUUUACCUCUCUAUCCAGGAUGUUUGAUGUAAAUGAAGAGGAGGUUCUGGAAAAGUAUGCAUCAACACUAGAAGACAGCUCUACAGAGAGGAACACUGCGAAGUUCAUCUGUGGAGCACUCAAGAGCAUAUUUCUUUACUGCUACACAUGUGCACACCAGUAUGAUGAUCCUCUUGAAAUGAUGAUGGGUUGUAGAAACCACAAAGCAACCGAUACAGCCACAAGAAGAAGAGAGUUCUUAGCAAACUAUCGAGGGUUUGGAUAUCUUCAUCCAAAGACUAAGGAAGAAGAGCUUAACAACAUGACAACAAUCGUUAAUGAAAACCACUACAAGUGUGGAUUCUGUGGAAAGUCAUUCGAAAGUGAAAAGUUUAUAUUCAACCACUUCAACAACAAGCACGAAGAUGAAAUCAAGAGAAUCGAAAAAAGCAUAGAGGACUUUAAGAAAUUUCUUCAGAGAAUUGAUUGCUUUAUGCUAGGAGUUAUCGAGGGAACAGAUGACGACAGAAUUCCGAGGUUCAUCCUCCCUAACAUAAAGGAUGAUAGAAUAGUAUACGACAUGGGAUGUGUGUUUAGUGGAGAAAUAGUCAUUAAUAAAUGA